AUGUUAAAUGAAGAUUUCAAUGCAUCUCCAUCCAUUCCUCCCAUAAUUCACCAUCUGUCUCUUUAUGUGAACCGCUCAAAAGCAAGGUUCAAGCCCUAUGAGAGGAAUGGUCCAUCUUUGUGGGUGCUCCACUUUGCAGAAAGCUCUCUUACCCCAACCAAAUCUGAUCUAAGCCUAGUGGAUGUUCAGAAUGGUGAACAUCAACUGCAGUAUGGCUUGAGCGACUUAUCCAGUGAAGCUGUCCUCACAAAGGAGGCUGAUGUCAAAUCCAGGUGUCUAAGUGCCAUGGCAAUGGCUUGGCAAAUUGAGGCAACUGAGCAACACACAAAGUUCCUCCAUAUGCUUCUUAAGCGGGCUGCUGACAAGUAUGUCAGCACGUCUUCAGAAGAUCUCAAGACCUUGGUUCCAGCACUUGCUUCCUCCAGGGAGGAGGAGCUUCAAGAUCACACUGACUUCAGUGUCGCCGCAUAUAGCCAUGAUGCGAUAUCAUUUGGUGCUGUGGAUGAACAGCUCAAUCACUUGGAGAGGCUUGCUCGUAAUCACUAUGGUUCUGGGAGCCAUGUCGUUACUAAAGAUUGCAAGCAAAAGUCUGAGCUUCCUGCAGAGUCAGAUGCUAGUGCCACGAGUUCAGAUUAG